AUGCAAAAAGCUGCGGUGAAAAAGAAACAUAAUCAAAAAGAGAACCCCCAAGAAGCUGCGGUGAAGAAGAAACGUGGUCAACCAAAAAAAGCUCUUGAAGAGAGCCUGACUGAAGACCAAAAUGAUAAUUCAAAUAGCGAAUUUAUUCAAGGAUGCACGGGCCCUAAAUCUGAGUUUCAUGUAUACGGAAUUAAACAGCAAAUUAAAAUGUUUAUUGCUGCUAAUACUAAAUCAAAUAAAUCUAAAAAAGCAAAGAAAAUUAAUGAUUUUAGUAGAACAUUGUUUUCGGUAUAUGGCGCAGGAAAUGACUUUGUCUUUUCCGGAAUGUCUGCAUCACCACUUGAAGUAGUACAAUCUUUAAUCGACGCUCUCCACCUUCUAGUAAAAUCCUUUCCAACUAUUAACACCAUCCUAAUGCCUAAUAUCCAAGACCUGUCUCAACUUCCUAUUUAUAAAACAAGCAAUAUAGAAGAAAAGGCGAGAAUCUCUAAACUUGUCGAAUCUCAUAAUAAAUAUUUACUUGAACAUUUAGUAAAAUUUAACAGAGAAACUGAUGUGAAAAUAAUAUAUUUAAAAAAUUGA